ACGGUAGAGUGAAGGUCGGUUCUCCACUAGCGAGAGUGCCGAAUAAAAGAUCUGACCGAGGCUGCUCGAAAAGGGCCUCAUGCGCGCUGCCUUUGGCUCAGUCUGCCGUCUUUGUUGCCUCGUACUGCCGAAAUAUUCGGGAUGGAGCAUCGUGCCUUGCGGUUGGCCCAACUUUUUCUCUUUGUGCUAUGGGCUAAUAGCCUAAUAACAAUUGGAUUAGCAGGUGCACAACAGCAGAUCAUCUGCAAUGAAUCCUUCAUGCUACAGAACUUGCCAGUGUGUGGAAAAUCCUUUGAAGAGAUGAUGCACAAAGUGGAUUCUACAAAAUGGUGCAAUCUGACAGAAUUUAUACUGUAUUACAACAACUUUAUUCUAUGUACAGAACACAAGGUUUCAACAGCAAAGUGCUUUUGGCCUAACCCACUGGCUGAAGGCUUCAUCACUGGAAUCCAUAGACAAUUCUUUACAAACUGUACCUCAGAUAAAGUGCAUUGGGAAGAUCCCCCGGAUAAAGUUCUGGUUCCUUUAAUUUUCAUUCCAAUUCUUCUAACAGUUGCCAUGGUUGGUUUAGUGGUAUGGUGUAGCAAAAGAAGUGAUAUUUUGGUAUAACUCAGCAUUCAUCACCAUAUUGUUCUUUCUUUUAUUGAGAAUGGAGUCGAAACAUUAUAUGUACUGUAUAUCUACAUGUACAUGUGUGUGUGUGCAUGUGUGUGUAUCUGUAUACACAUACAGAUAGACACAUACAUAUAAAGACACAUACAUAUAAAGACAAUUUUGACAAGCAGAAUCUACAUUCUUCUGUAGCUACAUAUAUCUACUAUAAACAUUAUUUCUCCAGCAGUAUAAACGUUGUUCUGAUAAAAAUUAUAGCUCAUGACCAUAACUCUGUAAGAAUAGAAACUGAAAACAAUAUCUGAAUGUACUAUAUACAAUGGAAGUUUGUGGCUUUUAAAUUUAAGAAUGAACCUUUUUUAAAGACAAUACUAUAUGUGGACUGUAGAUUUGAAAUGUAUGCACAUGUGUACUGAACAAUUAUAUUUAUGGUAGGGGCUCUUUGGAAUUAAUUGUGAAAAUCAAGGAUAUUUAAGUAUGAACUUUGGGAUUUAAAUAGACUGUCCUUGACAAAGACAUAUAAUAUGUGCAUACAUGUGCAGCAAAAGAAAGUGAAACACUGAAUAACGAAUGAUCAGAGAAUUGUCAUAAUUAUGCUGGCUCCUCUACGAAUUAGUAAAUAAGAAACAUGUCCUUGAAUGUUUGCAUCCUGGACUGGAAAUCUACAGAAUGGUUUCUUGAAAGGAUAUAGUUUUCUUUUACAAAGCUGCAAAGAGAAUGAGAGGAAAUUGGUCAACUAGAAAUGUAUUCAAGUGUCAAAGAAACUGUUAUAUUUGUCUCUUUAUGUGUUUUUAAACUGGUAAUUUUAAGACAAUUUUCCUUCCUCCUUCCUUAGCAUUUUAUUUAUUUAUUUCUGAUGUGCUUUAAAUGGUCAGAUUGCAUAAGAAGAAAAUAUGGCAAUCAUAUUAAUACUGAUGCAUUUCAGAUUUUGCAUAUUGAAAUACAAUUUGUAUGUUAGAUGUUUUGAAUUUCCACACAGACUUGCAUAUAUAAAAGAAAUGAGUUUGGAUUAGCAAAUACCUUAGACUUUUUCAGAAGCUAUACCUCCAGUCAAAUGUACAGAGUAAAUAAUUUGUAUUCUUAUAGAAAAUCUCAGAUUUGCUAAUCAGAAGUCUUCUGUAACAUCAAAAUUACAUUAUAUAACAGUGUUAACAUCCUCAAUUAGAAAUAUUUUGUUUGUUACCUACAUAAUUAACUAAUACUAGAACAUCUUACCAAUGAGCUGGUAUUCAUAGAAAUAUCCAUUAUUUUGGGGACCAAGAACUUCAAUUCGAUGUUAUUAAUAUACUACCUGAUUCUUAUCUAUUACCGUAGAUGUUUUAUUUCAAAAAAUGAGAUGGCGUACAGGUCACCAAAUGUUACCUUGCAAUCUGUCUUCAGUGGGAUUUAUAUAUGCACAUGAUUUUUAACU